UUUGAAGGUCAACUAAUGGAGCGCGGCGCUCAUCGCUCGAUGGUGCGCUCGCCCACUCUCACUCGCGUUGCAUUUUUUUUUUCGCCUUCCCGCCGAGUCUUCCUGUUUGGUUGGCCGUCCCCACGUUAGCUAGCAACCCACCCCAGGAGGGAGCUCCGCUUUGGUGUCGGGGCGACAACACGACGUCAUUUUACGCAACGUUUUGUAUGUCGUUUUUUUUUUUAUCCCUGCCUCUCGUAAACUCCUUUUCCCCACAGCCAGAGGACGUUUUAAGUCUUCUUUUUGUUUUUGGCGUCGCCGGGUUCUCGUCAGCCGAGCUGCUCUCUCUUCUUUUUUUUUUUUUUGGACGAGCUCCAGUGGGGGGGGGGGGGGCUGACAAAAGCUUGGCCGUCAGAUGUCGGACGCCUCGCAGCCCGUCAAGCGUUUCUCGCCCCCCGACCGUGUGCGGUGAAAGUAUUCAAGUCUGACGCGGAGGGUUGCCGGUUAUUUUUGGAAGCUCUCGCACUGGGAGGAAGGAGGAGGAGGAAGGAGGAAGGAGGUGGAGCAGGACCUCGCCGAAGAAGCACCACCGCCGCCGGCUUGCCUGGAAGAAGGCGACGCUCCACACUGGGAUGGCCAACGAACCGAUCAUUCUCAACGUCUACGAUAUGUACUGGAUCAACGAGUUCACCAGCACGCUCGGCAUUGGCGUCUUCCACUCAGGGAUCGAGAUCUACGGCCGAGAGUUUGCCUACGGGGGACACCCGUACCCCUUCUCAGGAAUCUUUGAAAUCACGCCGGGUGAUGCCACUGAACUGGGUGACACUUUUAAAUUCAAAGAAGCCAUCGUCCUGGGCAGCACCGACUUCACCGAGGACGACGUGGAGCGCAUCGUGGAGGAAAUGGGCAAGGAAUACAAAGGCAACGCCUACCACCUCAUGCACAAGAACUGCAACCACUUUUCCUCGGCGCUCUCAGAGAUCCUGUGCGGCCGCGAGAUCCCCCGCUGGGUGAACCGGCUGGCCUACUUCAGCUCGUGCGUGCCCUUCCUCCAGAGCUGCCUGCCCAAAGAGUGGCUGACGCCGGCCGCCCUGCAAUCCAGCGUCAGCCAGGAGCUGCACGCCGGCGCCAGCGAGCCGGAGGAGGCGGAGGACGCCGUCGCCUCCGCCUCGCUGGCGGCCGUGGCGCCGUCCUCGUCCCGCCACCAGCCGCGGCGGUAGAAAAGCCCUCGCCGCUUUCGGACGUUUCGGCGCGACAUCGCACGUGCUUCCGGGCGGCGCGAGCAUUAACAGAACGUUUAUUCUACGUUCCCGGCGGCCACGGCAGCUGGGUUGGCACGAAAUGUGGGACUUUGGCCGCUAUUUAUCCCCACAUUCAAGCCUGGGUGUUUUCUCACGCUGUUUUUGUCAUGCCGCCGUCACCGCUGAGGUCCGGCUCGCGGUUUGCCACGGAUGCAGGGAUGUUCCCUCCCGACCGGAUCCCUCACGUUGGAUCAGGGGACGAAAUGAGUGUCAGACAAGACAGAAUGUGACCGUGACAUGUCAUGGAAACGCUUAUGAAAUUUAGCCGUCCUGUGUUUUGUUCCGCCUAAUUACAUACGAUUUAUGUUUUUUUUUUUUUUUUUUUUUAUUGCUUUCAUCCUGUUUAAUUUCGGCUGACGAAAUUUCUCAUCAGCCCCUCAUUGCCCUCAUUGUCUGACAUCCACCACAAACAUGAAGUGGCAAAAUAAUAACUCGGCAAACAGCCCGAAUGGCUUCACUGAUGCUUUUUUGCCUUUUCUACAAAUGCCGUAGUUGAAUUGGUAGUUGUGUGAAGCGGCAGUCAAAAAGAUGUCAGGACAUAAAUUGCUUGGAAGGUAGAUUGGCUGGAAUUUGAUUCAAAAAGAGAUGAGAUGGAAGUUCAGUCUUAAUUGAUCUGUGAGGGACUGACUAAUGAAUUUCCAAACAUUGGGGUCGUUUUUGGUUAUUGAUACUAAUGGACUUGAAUCUGUUGGACAAUGGUGGAUGGUCUACUUGUCUGUUACCUCACUAAAAAGCUCAAAUGACUGCCACAGAAAAUUUUGAGGGCAAAAUGGAUGGCGCACCGUAGAGAUGUUAGCCAGCCACAAUGUGGGCCAGAAUUUGGUACCGUAGCUGUGAGAAAAUGCCUUCCACCAUCGACCUCCACUUUCAGUUUCAGUUCUCGUCACCAGCAGGCAGCCUUUUUUUUUUUCCUGCCACCUGGAAGUAUCGCGCAGCCUGCCUGUCGGUUCACAAGCAUUACGAAAGGGUCCAUUUCCCGUCUUCACCCCCACCAGCUGUAAAAGGACUCGACCAAGUGGUUGAAUGGUGCUUCUGCCUGUCACAGGUAACCGAGCCAAACGUCUUUUUCUCCAUUUUUUAAAAGACUGAACGCUUUAUUAUUUUUUGUCACUUUGAGUCUGAGGGAGAGCGACUUAUUUCUUACUAGCAGCAAACUGCCGUGGUGCCUUCAAGCUGGCUCGCCAGGAAGAGCAACCCAACUUUAAAAAAAAAAAAAUCUUGCAUUUUUUUUUUUUUUUAACUAGCACAGCAACGCAUCGGAUGUUUCAUUGACAUCUGAUUCAGAUAUUCAAAGUCUGAAAUGGAUGAGAGUGCGCAGCCUUUUCCUGCUUUACUACAAAUGUUUGUUUGGUAUUUUUCUGUUUAUAAAAAAAAAAAAACCUCAGGACCCCAAGAAGUCUUUGGUCAUCAUUUUAAAAUAACUUCAAAAUCUUAUCAGGUUUUAUGCUUUUCGAUGCGGUCGUCGCUACGCCGCAUGAACACACGGUGGCAGUUUUGUAUGGAAAUUAAAUAGAAAAUGCAACUUGU